CCCUCGCCUGCCGCCAUGUGCGAGCCCAGCAAACAGGACAUCGGCGCCAUCUUCAAGCGGCUCCGCUCCGUGCCCACCAACAAGGUGAGGGCGCCGGGACUCGGCGCGGUAGGGGCCGCGCUCCGCCGCUGUGACACGUCGCACUGGCGGGGGGCGGGGCGGGGCGCGUGUCCCGGCGGGACUGGGCCGGACGGGGCGGCUGUCCGGAAGCGUGGCGCGGCUGCGGCCGGGCUGCGCGGCGGGGGCCCGGUGCUUUCGGUAUGUUUUGACUGUGGAUCGAAAAACCCUAGCUGGGCAAGCAUAACAUAUGGAGUAUUUCUUUGUAUUGAUUGCUCAGGGACGCACCGAUCACUUGGCGUGCACUUGAGUUUCAUUCGAUCUACAGAACUGGAUUCCAAUUGGUCUUGGUUUCAACUGAGGUGCAUGCAAGUUGGAGGAAAUGCAAAUGCUUCUGCUUUUUUCCAUCAACAUGGGUGCACAACAAAUGACACCAACGCAAAGUAUAACAGUCGAGCUGCGCAGCUUUACAAGGAGAAGAUUAAAUCUCUUGCAACACAAGCAACAAGAAAACAUGGUACUGAUGGUUCCGAGAAUGACCUGAGGCACUUAGGGCUCUGCAGCCUACCCCGAGAACUGUUAGCAUCUUGCAAAAGCUUUCUGCAGCUGUGGACAGAUGGCUGUGGAAUGCCACCUGCAUCACCUCAACACAAAGAAGAGGACUUUUUUGCAUCCCACGCUUCUUCCAAGAAUACGGAAUGGGUAUUAUCAGAGCCAGAACCAGCUCCUCUACAACAGAAAGCUUCAGAAAACAUCCCAGAAAGCUAUGAAGGUGGACCAGAACACGGACCAAGUGUUGAUUGCCUUAGUACAUCACCAAAAGCCACAUUAGAGAACACCUCCUUUAUAAAAAAGAAGCCGAAUCAAGUUAAGAAAGGGCUUGGUGCCAAAAAAGGUGGUUUGGGGGCACAAAAAGUCAGCAGCCAAAGCUUUAAUGAGAUCGAAAAACAAGCACAAGCUGUAGAUAAAAUGAAGGAACAAGAGGAUCUUCAUAGCAGUAGGAAAAUAGAGAUGGAAGAGCCACUAGUAUCAUCUUUACGAUUGGCCUACAGAGAUCUUGAUAUCAAAACAAAAGAAGAAAAGUUAAAUCUAUCUGGCAAGAAGAAAAAUGAACUAGAGAGGCUUGGCAUGGGAUUUGGUAGCAACAGGAGUGGCAUUUCCCACUCUGUCCUCUCAGAUAUGCAAACAAUAGAACAGGAAACACCAACAAUUGGAAAACCAAAGAAAAAGUACACAGAUGAUGUAGAAGACUCCUAUUUCUCUUCUUCUAGUUCAAGGUACUAUGAUUCUUCAGAUUUGAGAAGCAACACUUUCUCUAAAUGGGAUGACAAUUCAGAUCCUUUUUGGAAGAAGGAAAGUAAUAAUAGAGAUGUUGAUGUAAUAUUAACUCCGAAAAAUACAGGAUUUUCAGACAGGCCUGCAUCUCGUCGUAAGCCUGAAUAUGAGCCAUCUUUAAGCACCGAUGAGGCACAAAAGAAAUUUGGCAACGUAAAAGCAAUUUCAUCAGACAUGUAUUUCGGAAGGCAAGAUCAUGCAGAUUAUGAAGCUAGGGCUCGACUGGAAAGACUUUCUGGAAGCUCCUCUAUAAGUUCAGCUGACUUGUUUGAAGAUCAGAAAAAGCAACCAGCAGGAGGCUACAACAUUACAAACGUCUUGCCUUCCGCUCCUGAUAUUGCCCAGUUUAAACAAGGAGUGAAAUCAGUGGCUGGAAAGCUCUCUGUACUCGCUAAUGGAGUCAUGACAUCUAUACAGGAUCGAUAUGGUUCUUAACAACUUGCAUAUCAAGUACACUAAAGAAGAGUUUCUCUUCAGAUGCACAAGUAAUCACACUGCUGAUUUGAAUAAAGGUUGCCUUAAGACUGUUAAUGUCUUUAAUUGUUCCAGCCUAUUUUUGUGCAGCUUUCUGGCGCAGCAUCUUUUUAUUGCUAUUUUGUCUUUACAGAGCAGAAAAUAUGUAGCAACUUGUUACAUGGCAUAUGCUUUUCUUUUUCUUUUCCUUUACAGUCCUGUAUUCCUCUUAGUGACCUCGAUGUUAGAUGUUGGGAGCUUUAUAUUAUUACUGCUUUUGUCUGUGAGGCAAGAAAAAGAAAGAAGGAUGAGCAUGUAUAUUAGAAAUGAGCUUUCCCAAUAGAAACCUCUGUGCACCUGCAUCCUCAGUUGCCAGACAUAACAUAUGUUCUGGCUGUCUUACAAGCUGUGGAGAAGAAAGUAAGCCUAUGCUGAGAUGGUAUUUAGUGGACUGUAUCAGAACAUAGAAUGAAGUUAAACCUGCAUUUAUCAGGAAGUAGAAGCUCUUGCAGUCGUAAAUUGAUGUGCAUUAAAGUGAUGGGGGAUCAAUAUUUUAAAACAAUUCUUCUGCAAGAAAAUGUUAUACUUAAUGUGAGGUAUAGGCACCUGGUAUUUUGAAUAAUAGAUUUCAUCUAGUUACGAGAACGAUCUAUUUAUUCCUGGUUUUGAAAGUUAUAAAAGAAAAUUGCAAUAUGGAAUCCUUAAGUGCUUUACAAACAAUCUGUAUUGUGUACAAAUUGAAAAACCUUAAAGUAUAUAAAGGGCCUAAUAGAGUAGUUAGUAAAAUACUUGUUAAAACGUUCAGAACAAUCACAGUCUUUUGAUAAAUAAUGAAAUUUUGGAUGAGGAAAUAUAGUAGAACUGUGUUUUAGACAGUUUAGAUUUUUUGUUGGUGACAUCUUGUAUAAAAAUGAUCAGAUCUUAAAGGAAAAACCUCACAACCAAGAAUGAGCUCGAGCUAAUUCUGUUCUGUAACUUUGUUUCUUAAUUCAAAUUUGUAAACUGCUGAUAUCUAAUAAAAAAAAUUGAUAUAAA